CAAGAUGAUGCACACCAGCUCCAGUCAGGACCUGCUGGCUACACUUUCGAGCCCGCAGACAAGAGCGCCGGAGCCCCUAUCCAAAGACACGCUCAAUGCAAAUGUUAUUGAGGCCGAAUAUGCAGUGCGCGGAGCGAUUGCCAUCAAGAGCGCCGCCUACCAGCAGCAGCUGCGGGAGGGCAAGGGCGCAGGCCUGCCAUUCGACAAAGUGUACCAGUGCAACAUCGGCAACCCUCAGAUCCUGGGCCAAAAGCCCAUGACCUUCUUCCGCCAGGUGCUGAGCCUGUGCGAGUACCAAGAUCUCAUGGAGCAUGAGCUGGCGCCGCAGAUAUACCCACCAGAUGUGAUUGCGCGUGCGCGUGACUACCUGGCCAACAUCCCAGGCGGCGUGGGCGCCUACUCGGAGAGCAAGGGUGCCGUCAUCCUGCGCAAGGAGGUUGCCAAGGGCAUCGCGGCGCGCGACGGCCAUCCGUGCGACAUCGACAACCUGUGGCUGACCGACGGCGCCAGCCCCGCGGUGCAUUACAUGAUGAAGUUGCUGCUGCGCAACGACCACGACUGCAUCCUGUGCCCCAUCCCGCAGUACCCGCUCUACUCCGCCACCAUCAAGCUCUACGGCGGCACGCUGCUGCCCUACUUCCUGGAGGAGAAUGCAGGGUGGCAGACCACGCUGGCGCACCUGCAGGAGCAGGUCCACACGGCGCGCAGCCAGGGCAAGCAGGUGCGGGCGCUGGUGGUUAUCAACCCGGGCAACCCCACGGGCCAGGUGCUGGACCGCGAGAACCAGGAGCUGCUGGUCAAGUUCUGCAAGCAGGAGUGCCUGGUGCUGAUUGCGGACGAGGUGUACCAGACCAACAUCUACGCCGCCGGCAAGGAGUUCUUCUCCUUCAAAAAGGUGCUGAUGGAGAUGGGCCCCGAGUACAAGGACAGCGUGGCGCUGGUAUCCAUGAACUCAAUCUCCAAGGGCUUCUUUGGGGAGUGCGGCAGGCGUGGCGGGUACUUCGAGUGCGUCAACUUUCCGACUGCCGUCAAGGAGCAGCUGUACAAGCUGGCCUCCAUCUCGCUGUGCCCCAACCUCAGCGGCCAGAUCUGCAUGGCGCUCAUCAUGAACCCGCCCAAGCCUGGGGAUCCCUCGUACGAGCUGCAUACCCAGGAGCGCGAUGCCAUCCUGUCGAGCUUGAAGCGGCGGGCUGAGCUGGUGAAGAACACGUUUGACAGCCUGGAGGGCGUGUCUUGCAACCCAGUGGAGGGCUCCAUGUAUGCCUUCCCGCGCCUGACCAUGCCAGCGGGCGCCAAGGAGGCAGCGGCGGCCGAGGGCAAGCAGGCCGACUUCCUGUACUGCAUGGAGCUGCUGGACCAUACCGGCAUUGUGACGGUACCAGGCUCGGGUUUUGGCCAGGAGGCGGGCACGUUCCACGUGCGCACCACCAUCCUGCCGCCCGAGUCUGACAUGGCGGCGGUUGCCACGAAGUUCUCAGAGUUCCACCAGGCCUUCAUGAACAAGUACAAAAAGAAUGGAGAGGCGUGAAGCGGGUGGCAGCACGUGCGCCGCGAGCGUGGAAUGCCAUGCUGCCCUUCCAGU